UCCCCUGGCCCCUGCCUGUUGCCGGAAGCGCCGGCCGGUCGCCCCCAUGGCCGGCCUGGACCUGGAGGAGAAGCUGAGCUGCGCCAUCUGCCUGGAGCUGUUCACCGAGCCGGUGACCACGCCGUGCGGCCACAGCUUCUGCCUGCGCUGCCUGCGCGACCACCUGGGCCGGCAGCGGCUGCCCGACUGCCCGGCCUGCCGCACGGCCUUCGGCCGGCCGCCCGAGCAGCUCGCCAAGAACCUGGUGCUGGCCGAGCUGGUGAAGGUGGUGCGGCUGAGCGGCGGGCAGCUCCCCCGGGCCCCGGCCCCGCCGCCCGGCUGCCCCGACCACCACCGGCCGCUCGACCUGUACUGCCGGCGGGACGGCUGCCGCCUCUGCUCCGCCUGCUCCGUCGGCGGGCACCGGGACCAUGAGGUGGUGUCGGUGGAGGACGAGAGGGCCCAGCGACAGAAGGAACUUGUGGCAAAACAUGAGGAGGUUGAACGCCAAGAAAAGAAGACAGAACUGCUGAUCGACACACUGAAACAGCAAAGCAAGUCUAUUAAGGACUCGGCCUUUCGAGCACAAACGAGCUACGUCAACAAGUUUGACACGUUGGCAAAGGAGCUGGAAGAGGUGAAGGCCAAAGUGAUUGAGUACAUAGCGACCAAGGAGCACAGCUCACUGGAACAGGUCGACAGCACCGUGGAGAAACUGGAAGAGAAGCGUGCUGAGCUGAGGAAGGCCCGGCUGAAGUUGGAGACCACACUGAAGAGUAAUGACACAUCGGAGAUCCUACAGUUCCCCCAAGAGAUCCAGGUACUGAAAAGGAGUCCCCAGGACCAGGAGAAGCCAAUCCCAGAGCUGGGAAUAGAGGACCAGCUAGAAGCAAUGAAACAGCACUUAGAGGAGAUCUCCUUACUCGUCUGCAAGAGCCUCCAGGGCUUCGUCAGGCAAGCUCCAGAAUCAAAGAAAGUUCCAGAAUCCACUGGGAACAGCUACUGUGUGCCAGUGAAACCUCCAGAACCUCGAGCACUCCCAUCAACUUCUCACCUCAAGGAGCCGUUCCUGCAGAAUUACCGUCAGCUGAGAUUCAAUCCCAACACCGCGCACCGCUACCUCACUCUGUCCAAGGAUGGCUGCAAGGUGUCCCACAGAGCAGCCCAGAAGUAUCCGGUGCACGAGGAGCGCUUCGAGAGGGAGUGGCAGGUGCUGUGCUGCGAGAGCUUCGAGACGGGCCAGCACUACUGGGAGGUGCAGAUCAACAAGCAGUGGGUCUACCUGGGCGUCACAUACAGUGCCAUCGACAGGAAGGGCCCCGCCUCGCUGAUUGGCAGGAAUGGCCUCUCCUGGUCCCUGCAGCUCUUCAGCAAGAGUUACUCGGCCUGGCAUUCCGACCGGGAAACGAAGCUGACGCCCGGGGAAUACCACCGCGUCGGGGUGUACCUGGACUGCACCGCAGGGACCCUGUCCUUCUACGGCAUCACCGACACCAUCACCCCGAUCCACACCUUCCACACAGUCUUCACCCAGCCCCUCUACCCCGCUGUCUGGGUGGGCGAGAACGUCACCGCCACACUUUGCCAGCUUCAGUGAGGGAGGCGGCAGGAAGACGGGCUUCAGAAGGAAGUGGGAGUGAGGCCACUCGGCCCCUCGAGCCUCCCCUACCAUUCAAUAUGAUCGUGGCUAACCUGUCCCAGGCCUCAACUCCUCUUCUGUGCCAGUUCCCCGUCGCCCUCCAUUCCCCGAUCUUUCACAUAUUUGUCUACCUCCUUUUUAAAUACCUUCAGUGCUCCAGUCUUCAGAAACCUCGGGGCAGAGAAUUCCAGGGCCUCGCCACCCUCGGCAAGAGUUUGUUCCUACACACCUCAGUUGUAAAUAACUGCGCCCCCCCCCCCCCCCCCCACCUAAACUAUGUCCCCUGGUUCAAGACUCUCCCUCUAGUGGAAAUCUGUCAACGCAUCCCCUUUGUUCCCCUUCAAGAUUCUCAUAUCAUUCUAUCAUAUCACCCCUCGUUCUUUGAAUCUCCAAAGAACACAUUCGACUUCUUUAGUUGCUCACUAUAGGAUGACCUUCUCAUUCCCAGGAAUUAGCCUGGUGAAUCUCUUUUGGACUGUCUCUUUUGCUGCAUCCUUACUUAAACAAAGGGACCAAAACUGUGCACAGAACUCAAGUUGUGGCCUCACCUUCAAAAGCCGGGGUUUGUCCGAGCUUCAUUUACUGCUUGGUUGGUGAGGGGGAGGGAGUCAAUAACUGCAACUCAUACUGGAUAACUUCUUAGAUAAAUGAAGGUCUUCUGAUUGUAUGGAUUUUUUUAAGGUAUUGACACGUUUGGGGGUUUUAGAAUACAUUUCCAUGGAUCAAAUUUGUGUUUUGAGAAAUACUCCUUUGUAUGAGUUUAAAAAAACCUGGACCAAGAGCGGUUUAACCGAGGGUUUGUGUGGGGGUAAUGUGGAUCAAGUUGGAGGAGAUCUUGUUUGAGUCAGCUGGACUGUACUUUGGAACUUUAACGACUGAGGUGAUUUGCUUUUUAACCUCUGCUAAGACAUAUUGCUAUUCCCUGUGCUAUAAGCACUUGGAAGGAAGAGGCAAGUGGGGAGUUAGUCCGAUUUUAAGCCAGACUGUGACAGUACAGACCUUGGCCUCUGGGCUGAGAUGAAUGAGCUCCAUUUUUGUGGUUGGAAGUAUUCAAGGAAAGAAAGAAGCUGCAAAUAUU